UCUCGAAUCGACGCCCAGUUUCGCGAGGGUUUCGGUCUCGGGCUGAAGUCCCCAACCAAAACCCUCCUUCCUCGUUCUGCUACUGCUACCGACCAGAACGCUCACUGCUCUCCUGCAGGCGCUCCUUUUCUAACUCCACUAACCCUCAGGAUCACCGGAAUCGAUGAGCAGUUGGCGGGCGCUUCUUCUUCGGGUGGGCGAUAAGUGCCCAGAGUACGGAGGCUCAGUCGACUACAAAGACCACAUAGAAACAUGUCACAGUAUGCUCUCGCGAGAAUUUGAUCACUCUAAAGAUGAAAUACUUGAGCUUCUUCUUCAGUGUGCUGAACAGUUGCCACAUAAAAUUCCAUUUUAUUCAGUAUUGGUUGGCCUCAUAAAUUUAGAGAAUGAAGAUUUUGGAAAGGAUGUCGUAGAUGCCAUCCACUCUAAACUACAAGAUGCUUUGUUGUCAGAAAAUUGUGACAAAAUCCGCAUAUCCUUGAGGUUUUUGACAGCACUGAUGUGUAGCAAGCUUGUCCUCCCUAGUUCUGUUAUUGAAGUCUUUGAGACACUUCUAUCCUCUGCUCUGUUAACUAUAGAUGAGGAGGCUGGUAAUCUGUCUUGGCAGCCAUGUGCCGACUUCUAUGUCACCUGCAUUUUGUCCAGUCUUCCAUGGGGAGGCACAGAAUUGAUAGAGCAAGUGCCAGAGGAGUUUGAUCGAGUCAUUGUUCAGAUACAAUCUUAUUUAUUGGUCAGGAAGCGCUCGUAUGAUAAUAGUUUCACUGCAUUUGAGAAUGAUGGAGACAAAUCUGUCACUGAAAAGGAUUUUCUAGAAGAUUUAUGGGAUCGUAUACAAGCUCUUUCCUCUAAUGGAUGGAAGGUUGAUAGUGUUCCAAGGCCUCAUCUAUCCUUUGAAGAGCAAUUGGUCACUGGAAAAUCUUACAGUCUUCCUCAUAUCAGCUGUCCAAAGCAAUCUGCAACUUCACAGUCUACAAUAUCCAGAGAAAAAGAUAAUUAUGAAGUCAAGCUGAAGUAUCCUCAAAGGCUCCGUCGACUUCACAUAUUCCCUUCAAGCAAAACUGAGCAUAUACAGCCUAUUGACCGGUUCAUUGUGGAAGAGUAUUUGUUAGAUGUGCUGCUUUUCUUCAACGGAUGCCGGAAGGAAUGUGCUUCAUACAUGGCCAGCUUGCCUGUAUCAUUCCGCUAUGAAUAUCUGAUGGCAGAAACUAUAUUCUCUCAGCUAAUGUUUCUUCCUCAGCCGCCAUUUAGGCCCAUCUAUUACACGUUGGUAAUCAUUGAUCUGUGCAAGGCCUUACCUGGUGCAUUUCCUGCUGUUGUGGCUGGAGCUGUUCGUGCCCUUUUUGAUAGAAUUGCUGAUCUCGAUAUGGAAUGUCGCACUAGACUGAUUCUAUGGUUUUCUCAUCAUUUGUCAAACUUUCAGUACUUUUGGCCUUGGGAAGAAUGGGCUCAUGUUAAAGAUCUUCCAAGAUGGGCGCCACAGAGAGUAUUUGUACAAGAAGUGUUAGAAAGGGAAGUUCGUUUGUCAUACUGGGAUAAAAUCAAGCAGAGCAUUGAGAAUGCAUCUGCACUUGAGGAAUUGCUUCCACCAAAGAGUGGACCCAACUUCAAGUACAAUUCUGAAGACGAUCAAGGUUAUGCUCUUUCUAGAGAGUUGCGCAUCAUGAUUAGGGGAAGGAAGACAGCUCGUGAAAUCAGUCCAUGGGUUGAGGAAAAUAUAAUUAAAGUUCAUGGGCCCAAGUUUGCACUUGAAGUUGUUAUUCAGACCCUUCUGGAUAUUGGUUCAAAAAGUUUCACACAUCUUAUAACUGUGUUAGAAAGAUAUGGCCAAGUCAUCACAAAGUUAUGUGCUACUCAGGAUAUGCAAGUUUUGUUAAUAGAUGAAGUGAGUUCCUAUUGGAAGAACAGUACGCAGAUGACUGCUAUUGCCAUUGAUCGCAUGAUGGGUUAUCGGCUUAUCUGCAAUUUGGCUAUCAUUAAUUGGGUCUUUUCUUUACCUAAUAUUGAGCAAUUUCAUGUUUCAGAUCGUCCAUGGGAGGUAACCCAUAGUACAUUUUUCAAAAUUUAACUUUUGGGCAUUUCC